AUGUUCAACUUCAACUUCUUCAAGUCUACUCCCACUGAGUCCACCGAGGCCACCUGGAACCCCAGCACUGUCACUAUGCAGCCCACCAGCCCCGCUGCCCCUUCAAGCAAUCAGAACGUCGUCUCUGAGCAGCCCUCUUCCCAAGAACAAAUGCAGCUGCGCGGUGGUGGCGGCGGCGGUAUCUGUUGCGGAGUGUGCGCCGGUAUCGCUUGCUUCGAGUGCUGUGAGAUUUGCUGCUAG